AUGGGUGAGGCGACUCCUUUAUCGGACUUGAUCUCUGACUUGAGGCUGUCCCCUAGAUCUCAGACUUUCUUCGAACAAAAGGACCAGGUGACUCGAUUGCCACCAGAUGUCUGGUAUAAAAUAGCAAGCGAGUAUCUACACGACCCUAAAGAUGUCUAUAACCUUGGAAGGACGUGCUACAUGCUUUGGGCGAUGCUCGAGACACAACUCUACAUCACCGAUGCACUGCACUACAAGGCGCAAUUGGAAGGAGGGCAGCUUCGACAUAAAUGGUUCCACGACAAAAACGAAGAAAUCGCGGAGUACUGGGAAGGGCCAUUCACGACGCCCUCCUGUGGCUGCUUCCCCGACGAAGUCAACUGGCAAUUCGGCGAGGAGCUCGAGAAACGCAGAAAAAGCACACUCGAAUACUUGGAAGGGCUGCGAGACAUGUACGGAGACUCCGUGGAUUACGAGAGAUACGAGCGAGAGCUCGCAGGCUACCCCGAUCCGCUGCCCACGCGUAUACCCGCCGCAUCAGUCCUCCAGUGGGCUGCGGCCGCGGGUGUUGUCAGCACUGCUCGAAAGGCAAUCGACGCUGCCAGAAUUGUCUGGCCGAGAUACCUCAGUCUGCAGCACCCACAGAACCUACACCAGUCGAUCCAUUUGGCCGCUAUCAGCGGCUCGCUCGAGAUAGUGCAGCUUCUCGUCGAAUAUGCUGGGACCUCAUCGACAGUGGCUUCCGGCUAUUUGUGCCUCCCUACGAAGCCACUCUAUAAAGUGAUUUCGCACGUGUCUCCUACUAUUAAGCUAGAGGUGCUUGAAUUUUAUCAUUUCGGCAACAUGGAAGCCCCGUUCGUACUCGACGCCCUCGGCUUGGCCAUUUUGAACGGCCACGAGGGUGUAGCGUCCUGGCUGCUAGAGCGCUGCGACUGCUCGAGAUACAUAAAGCCACCAAUAGACAUCCACGACCCGGAAAACUGGGAGAGUGACGAAGCGAUCAGUGACGAAUAUCCCGUCGUCUGUCCCCUACACCUCGCUGCAUUGACUGGGAUGAACUCCAUCGUCCAAGGCCUACUGGCAAAAGGCGCACACGUCGAUACCCUCUGUGAGCAGCUACAGCACAGCACGCCCCUGAUGUGGGCAUGUACGCGCCGAGAGAACCAAGCCGUUAUAGACACCCUUCUCAGCCACGGCCCUAAUCUGCAGAUCCGGGACACUCAGCGCCGAUCCGUCCUCAUAUGGGCUCUAGAACACAAGCUCCCAGAAGUUGCCUACCGAAUCAUAGAGGCAGGCGUUCCUGUGGACAACUGGGUCUUUAGCCACACCGACUCGUGUGGCCUGUCGCUUUCGCUGAUCCUGCGCAUGCAUCCGGAGCUGCCCGCGGCAUUUCUGACCAGGUGCUUCCACGAAGCCCUGGGUGGCGUCAAAGACUCGUACCGUCGCGGUGUGCCCUUGGAUAACGAAGAGACCGUUCGGAUGUUCAUUGACCAGAACAUUGGGCAAGGAGUACUCCAGGAAUCUGACUACAACGAGAUCAUGCCGGUCUUGAUCCGAGAUAACAUGCAGAACCUCGGGGCAACGCCUCUCCACGUCGCCGCCUACCACGCAUCGCCCAAGAUCCUGCGUCUGCUGCUGGACAAGCAGCCGGAAAACGUCAACGCGCGCGACGCGGACGGCAACACCCCGCUGGUGCUGGCGGCACGCACUCGGAAGGCCUCGUUCAAGAAGAUGGCGGUCCUCCUGGAAUACGGCGCGGAUCCAGAGUCAGCGCUCGGCAACCUUGAGGAGAGCGCGUACGGCUCCGACGAGGAACGCGACGCCAUAGCUUUUGCUGGUGACGCAAAUACCCCUGAUGGACAUACCGCUCGGAUUAAUAGGACGUGGGAUAGAAGAGCACGCAUGGAACGCGGUAUUUCCACAAAGGAGGCGUUGAGACGACGAAUUCCGAAGGCGGUGAGUGGCGAUAUCGAGGGCGAACAAACGGACGGGGAACUCGACCGGCGGAUGAACGGACGAGGAGUUCGACAAGGAUUAUGA